AAGCUGAGCGUUGGGUUAAAAUAACCUAUACAAAUACAUAAUACCCAAUGUUCUAUUUGAUAUCUUUCUGUCUCUUACUCCCUCACACUCUUUCCCUCUCCCUCCCUGUGAUGUGUGACAAGGUCAGUGUUAUUUAAAGAGGAUGAUUUUCUCUGAUGAAGAUGCCCGUCCUGUUCUGAAAAAGGAUGGUAGGAGGAGAAAGCUCCGUUCGCAGAGGGUUCCCUCCCCGGCUCUCUGUUGUGCUUGCGGUCUCUGUAUCAUGCUGGCAGGCAUUAAUAUCACCCUGGUAGGCGCUCUUGCCUUUAACAAACUCCUCCCCUUCAACAAUCCUCCCAUCAUUAUCGGACCCAUCCUCCUACUGGUGGCCUUUUCAUUUUUUGGCACGUGUUGCUUCUAUAGCCGUCGCCCCAUUGCCCCAACCUCUCGUAUGUCUGCGGGAGGGGAACGCUGGCCAUCAAUUAGGAUGGGCGGAGCUGAGUUUGAGAUGGAGAAUAGUGAACCUACACUUCAGGAUACCACAGCCAUCCAACUCAGUCCAACAAACUCUCCAAGCCCCUCCUUCCACUGCAGCCCCACCCACCUUCCUGUUGCACUGCCCCGCCCACUUCAAACGCAAGACUCCUCAAAGGGAAAUGCUGUGAAUUUACAGAACAUCGUUGAUGAAUCAGACUCAUAGUUUGGGCCCUGCAAGGCAGCUUGAAGGAGAGCGAACGCAUGUCUGAUCUGGAAACAAAAUAAUAUUUCUUGACAUGCAUGGGCAGACGUGCAGCAAAUCAGACUGGGGGCUAAUUAUUUUACAGGGGCAGGAAUACAUUCUGUUCAGCAUCAUGAGCUUGCACUGCCAGUCCUGCCAUUGGAGGAAGAAUUUGUUGUUAAAAUGAGAAAAACGUCUAAUGACUAAUUAUCUCGGAAAUGAAAGGAAGUCAUUUUAAACCAUUUGAUCGAAUAAACUCAUCCUUUUGUCUGACAAAGCAAAUUGAAUGUGAGUUGAAGUGAGUCACUUCGAAAUAGAAGAUCAGGAACAAUUUGUGCUUAUUCAGUUCAGUUCAUUUGGAAAAAUGUGAGAAAUUGCAAAGGAAUUGGGUUUUGUACAAUUGUACAGUUGUAACUUUUUUGGAAAAAUGUUACAUUUCAUAUUACAUUUCUGCCAUAUUGAUCAUUUA